CCAUGAUACCCCCCGCAGACUCUCUGCUCAAAUAUGACACCCCGGUGUUGGUGAGCCGGAAUACAGAAAAACGGAGCCCCAAGGCUCGGCCACUGAAAGUCACAGUUCAGCAGCCUGGACCCUCUGGUGCAGGCCCACAACCACCCAAGGCCAAGCUGCCCUCAACUUCCUGUGUCCCAGAUCCUACCAAACAAGCAGAAGAAAUCUUGAAUGCCAUCCUGCCUCCAAGGGAGUGGGUAGAAGACACACAGCUAUGGAUCCAGCAGGUGUCCAGCACACCCAGCACCAGAAUGGAUGUGGUGCAUCUCCAGGAGCAGCUGGACCUGAAGCUGCAGCAGAGGCAGGCCAGGGAGACGGGCAUCUGCCCUGUGCGCAGGGAACUCUACUCCCAGUGUUUUGAUGAGCUGAUCCGGGAGGUCACCAUCAACUGUGCAGAGAGAGGACUGCUGUUGCUGCGUGUCCGGGAUGAGAUCCGCAUGACCAUCGCUGCCUACCAGACUCUGUAUGAAAGCAGUGUAGCAUUCGGCAUGAGGAAGGCACUGCAGGCCGAACAGGGGAAGUCAGACAUGGAGAGGAAAAUUACAGAACUGGAGACAGAAAAGAGAGACUUGGAGAGGCAAGUGAAUGAACAGAAGGCGAAAUGUGAGGCCACCGAGAAGCGGGAGAGCGAGAGGCGACAGGUGGAGGAGAAGAAGCACAAUGAGGAGAUCCAGUUCCUGAAACGGACUAAUCAGCAACUGAAGGCCCAACUGGAAGGCAUUAUCGCACCGAAGAAGUGAUAAUUUCCACAUGGGUCUCAGCAGGCCCCUUGCCCCAUAAGCCCAUUGUAAUAAAAAGCCAGUUUCCUCAGUGAACCAGCCAUCCCCUCCCCAGUCCCCACUCAUGCGAUUGUUAGAACUGUUGUCCCCGUGUCAUGAAACACCUAAGGUCUGGCGCCAGGGUCCUGGCUGGGUAAUGGAAGGUGGUGGAACCCUGUCCAUGUGUGGUUCAUAAAUUGGCUGGCCUGGGUCUUUGUCACCUCACUAACUUAGGGAGCAAGUGUUUCCCUAAAGAGACACCUUUGCACCGAGUGCAGUUCCCAGCUCACUGGCCCCACCCCCCCAUGUCACCUCUCUAAUGUAAGCUUCAGCACCUUGUUUUGGAGUUUGGUUUUAGACUGUAUCAUCUCAUUCCCAACUACCAAGUCAGCAGGACCCUGUCCUUAGUCUUUUUGGCUCCAAGAAGAGACAACAGCAGAGUCAAAGCCAUGCUCACUGAGAGGUACGAAAGUCUAGGUGUCUUGAGAGCUGUCUGCACCCCAGAUCCUCCUCCUGCUGGACAGCAGAGCCUGACUCCACACUCCCUAACUAGCUAGUAUGAACAGCUGAGGAGGUGGCCACCUCACACGGAGCUCUAGACAAGACUGGACUGAAGGCAGAUUGUAGAUCCAGAAGACUUAAAUUACAGACAGAUCUCCACUAGGGGAAAACCCAGGGCGGGAGAGGAUGAGCUCGGUGACACCCACCAUUCAAUCAAGUGACAAGGAACUGUUCUUAUACUGGAGCUAACAUUUCCUUCCAGUUGGUAGGAAGGCCUCAAGUCCACAGUAGCCCUGAAGGGGGGCCAGAGGAGUUCACUCCUGGGCAGCUCUGACCUCCAGCCCAGUCUAAGCUUACUGCAAGGCCUCUGAACCCCAAGUGCUGUUCUGAGUUGACUGGAUCCCAACACUCAGACCUCAUACUAGAAGUCACAUCUUGGACCCUCACCCAGUAUCCUGAGGAAUUAGGUCACCACUAGCAUAACCUGCCUAUGAAACAAUGUCCCUGUGGUGUGCUGGCUUUGUGGGUGGUGCAGGAAAGCAUAUGUACCCUAACAAGCCAAAGUUGCUGGAUCCCUCCUCAUGUCUCCAAGCCUCACCUGAAUGUCUCUGAAGCACUUGUGCUUUGUACACUCUAGGCCCCAGUGCCACUUAGUAGUGUAAGAGGAACACCCAUGUCCACAGACACACACAAGAGGGUCAGUCACAUGCUGGAGGAACUAAGGGCCAGGCCAAGUGUUUGAGAAACUCUGGGGUUGAGGAUUUCCUGUUGCCACUAGAACUGGGGUACGCCCUCACCACUGGGCUUCCCAAGUGUGCUGUGCCUUAUAGAUGCCACCUGGGCAUGGGAAAAUAAACACAGUUCCUACUGGCAUAUUUUUGUAUAAUUUAAUAAACAGCUUUCUAGCUGUUACUGCUUCUGUCUGAA